CCUUGGACCGCCUCUUAAAACCCUAAAUACAAUUUCUCAUUCUUUAUCCCUGCCCCCGCCCCUUCCCUUACUUUUGCAAUGGCUGGAGAAGCAGGAAUGUUUACGGUACACCAAACUGUAGGUAGUGUGCUAUGUUGCAAAUGUGGUAUCCUGAUGCCCCCAAAUGCUGCAAAUAUGUGUGUCAAAUGUCUACGUUCUGAAGUAGAUAUAACAGAGGGUCUUCAAAAGCAUGUUAUCAUCAUUCACUGUCCUGAAUGUGAUUGCUACUUGCAGCCACCUAGGACUUGGCUUAAAGCCCAAGUAGAAUCAAAAGAACUCUUGACGUUCUGUGUUAAGAGGUUGAAGAAUUUGAAUAAAGUAAGGUUGAUUCAUGCAGAGUUUAUCUGGACUGAACCUCACUCCAAAAGGAUUAAAGUCAAGCUGAGAGUUCAAAAAGAGGUUAUGAAUGGUGCAAUUCUUGAACAAGCUUAUAUGGUCGAGUAUGUGGUUCAGGAUCAGAUGUGUGAGUCGUGUUCUAGAGUUCAAGCCAACCCAGAUCAAUGGGUGGCUGCUGUGCAGCUAAGACAACAUGUUUCCCACAGGCGGACUUUCUUUUAUUUGGAGCAGCUUAUUCUCAAACAUGAUGCUGCUGUUAGGGCUAUAAGAAUUAAACAAAUGGAUCGUGGGAUUGAUUUCUUUUUCUCUAACCGUAGUCAUGCUAUUAAGUUUGUGGAGUUCAUGCAGAAAGUUGUCCCAAUUAAGAGCCGUAGUGACAAGCAACUUGUGUCGCAAGAUUCUAAAAACAAUAGCUAUAACUACAAAUAUACCUUUUCUGUUGAAAUUUGCCCAAUCUGUCGUGAAGAUUUGAUUUGUCUCCCGCCUAAACUUGCCGUUAGUCUUGGAAACCUUGGCCCAAUUGUCAUCUGCACAAAAGUUACCAACAGUAUCGCUUUGCUGGAUCCGCUGACUCUAAGGCACUGUUUUCUUGAUGCUGAGCAAUACUGGAGGACAUCUUUCACUUCACUUCUUUCUUCUAAACAGCUUGUGGAAUAUGUAGUCUUAGAUGUUGAUCUGAUUUCAUCAGAGGUUCAGAUUGGUGGUUCAAAGUAUAUGAUGGCUGAUGUUCAGGUGGCUCGUGUGUCUGAUUUUGGGAAGAAUGAUACCAUGUUUUUUAUUAGGACUCAUUUGGGACAUCUUUUGAGUCCCGGUGAUUAUGCUCUUGGUUAUGAUAUGCAUUCUGCUAACAGUAAUGAUGUGGAUCUUGACAAAUAUAAAGGUCUUGUGAUUCCUGAAGUUAUUUUAGUUAAGAAAAGUUAUGAAGAAAACAGGCAAAGGAAGCGUGGAAAACCUCGUGCUUGGAAGCUUAAAAGAAUCAAUAUGGAGGUUGAUGCGAGUGAGACUAGGGGUAGAGCCGAUGAAGAAAAGACAAACAAAGAUUAUGAACAGUUCUUGAUUGAUCUUGAAGAGAACCCUGAUAUAAGAUUUAAUAUCUCUUUGUAUCGAGACAAAGAAUAUCAGCCAUCAGAAAUGGGUUCCGUGGCUGAUGGUGAGGAUGCGCCUUCUGUGCCAUUAGAAGAGCUGCUUGAUGACCUCAAAUUAGAUGACAUAAAUAUAGAAGAUGCUGAAGAUGAAGAUAUGAACGAAUAAUCAAAUUUGGAACAAGCUACAGUUCAAUCCGUAUGUGUUAGGUUGAGUGUUCUUUUUAUGUACUGUUUAUUUGCUUUCUAUUGUGAAAAUCUAUGAAAAAGCUUUGGCAGUUUUGAUAUCGUCUUUAAAAUUUAUAAUCUAAUAAAGUUCUUUAUGUUGCGGUUUUUAUAAGAA